AUGUCUACAGUUGCUCCAGUUUAUAUUGUCUCCGCUGUGAGAACACCCAUUGGAUCAUUCUUGGGUUCCCUCUCUAGCAAGACUGCAACUGAACUCGGUGGUAUUGCCAUUAAGGCUGCCGUUGAGCGUGUGUCCGAAAUCAAGCCUGAAGAUGUUGAGGAAAUCUUCUUCGGCAAUGUUUUAUCAGCAAACUUGGGACAAAACCCUGCUCGUCAAUGUGCUAUUGCGGGAGGCCUUACUGAAGGUGUAGUCUGUACUACUGUCAAUAAGGUUUGCGCUUCUGGUACCAAGGCAAUCAUUCUUGCCGCCCAGACAAUUAUCACUGGCAACGCCGAAAUUGUUGUAGCUGGUGGUACAGAGUCUAUGUCUAAUGUUCCUCACUACCUUCCAACUCUACGAAGUGGUGCCAAGUAUGGUGACCAAACCUUGGUAGAUGGUGUUCUCAAGGAUGGCCUCACAGAUGCCUAUAACAAAAAGGAGCAUAUGGGAAUGGCUGCUGAAGAAUGUCACGUUGAUCACGACAUUAGCAGAGAGCAACAGGAUGAGUAUGCUAUCAGGUCAUACCAAAAAGCACAAAAGGCAACUGAAGCCGGUCUCUUCAAGACCGAGAUUGUUCCGGUUGAAGUUAGCGGUGGCCGUGGAAAGCCAGCGGUCAAGGUCGACAGAGAUGACGAGGUCAAGAACUUGAACAUCGAGAAGCUCAAGGCCAUGAGACCAGCUUUCUUAUCAAAUGGAGGAACCGUUACCGCACCAAAUGCUGCACCACUCAACGAUGGUGCUUCAGCUCUUGUCCUCGUCUCGGAAGCUAAGUUGAAGGAACUCGGACUUAAGCCUUUGGCAAAGAUUCUUGGCUGGGGUGAUGCUGAGAAAGCACCAAGCAAAUUCACUACUGCACCAUCAUUGGCUAUUCCUAAAGCCUUGAAGCACGCCAACAUUGACGCUUCAGCUGUUGAUUACUAUGAGAUCAACGAAGCUUUCUCGGUUGUUGCCUUAGCAAACAUGAAGAUUCUCGGAUUGGACGAAUCCAAGGUCAACAUUAACGGAGGCGCCGUCGCUAUCGGACAUCCCUUGGGUUGUUCCGGGGCUCGAAUUGUCACCACAUUGAUCAAUGUGUUGAGAGAACAAAAGGCAAAGAUUGGUGUUGCUGGCAUUUGUAAUGGUGGUGGUGGAGCUUCGGCUAUUGUUAUUGAAUCUUUACAGUAA